AGGAGAGGGAGGGGGACGUUCAAAUUCAGUACUCCAGACCUCAUGCGCGGGACAGCAUCAACAGCAGACCUGACUGGUCGAACGCUAACAGAGACGCUCUUUGAAACGAGGACAAAAAAAACCUGGAUUAUGCUCUCGUGGAACUGCUUCUGCACUCGCCUAUUCAAACCUGAAGUGUGAAAUUCCUCCUGCGCCUUAUAAUGAACCACAUACCAGUGCUGGGACUGUUGUGCCAGGAAUGCUUCGAGCCUGCACGCUUUACCAGAAACACAUAAAGGCAAUUUUCACCUCUGAGCACAGUUUCCUCAUUUCCUUGUCAGUGUGUGGCGUCAGUGCCGAGCUGCUCGAUGCUGUACCCCAGCUUUAAUCUGCUUCGGUGCCGUGCCAAACUGGAGAGGGAGGGCUUCCAGAUUCCACGUGAAGACAUGGAGACUCCACUGAAAACAGCUCUGGACGUCCCCUCGGUCAGGAGAUACAUGGUUUUCAACUCGGCUCAGUUUCAUUUUAUAAUGGCGCCGGUGCUGUAUGUGGUUUUGUGGUGUGCGGUGUUUUCCACCCUCCACCUCUACAUCACCGUUAGCGACUACUGGGUCCUCUGUCUCUCCGUCAGCCUGAUCUCCAUCGUCCUCACCACUGCCGUCAUCCUCAUCCUUCACUGCAGUAACAAGGAGAUCAAUGUGAAUUUAGAUAUUCGGUUGGUCCAGGUUAACGAGAUGCUGGUGAGACACAAGCUGCUGGUGGGCGUGGCUGACUGGGUGCGAAACUGCACCGGAAACAUGAAGCUGUACUUCGUGUAUUGGGACAUGUCCCCCUGUUUGAGGGCGCUGACUGAAACUUUAGAGGAGCUCAGCUUUGCGACGACUGACACUCAGAAAAAACUGAAGAGCAAGAUGUCUCACUUCGUCCUGGUGACCAAAGUGUCGGCCGGAGAAUCAGAUGCGGAGGAGCAGGACUCCGAUGAGCAGACGCCUCUGCUGGAGAAUGGCAGCGCAGCCAGCGGCCGAUCAUCCAACCAGCAGAAGGACGCCACAGCCACCAAAAACUACAGCCUCGUCCCCGAUGCAGCUUUACCUUCUCAGGCUAAAGCCUACCAGCUCCUCAUGACCUACAGUGCGGCUUAUGUGAAGCUCCUCGUGUCUGAAAGGCUCUCAGGAUCGUCACACCACAGAGGUCAGAGAAGCCACUGCACCACAGCCCCCAUCUGCCUCUGUCAGUACAUCAAAACAAAGAUCCUUCAAUAACAACCAAAAGCAAACCAGAAACACAGAGAGCUGCUGGAAACUACACAAACUGACAUAUGGGAGAAUUUUUCUCAGGAGGCAUUAUGGAUCAAGAACAUUUUGAUUCCCAGAAGGACUUGUUUGGAGCCUCAAACUCUUCAUUUCCUUAGUUUUAAGGUUAUCGCUCUCUUGCUGCAUGUCAGCUGCUGUUUUCUUGCCCGCUCUGUUUGCACCAGCUGGAUGUUUACUCAUUUGCACGCUGCCAAACGCUGUCACUGCAGAACACAGGUCCGUCCAGCUGCUGUAAAACAAUGUUUGUCCUCCCGUGUGCAUGGCAGUCAGCCGUGGCCACUGCUUACUACUGUUUAAAUUAUUUGUACAUAUAUUAAAUACAGGUUAUUAUGACUUGACACACAGUAUAUGUAUAUAUGCGUUUUUCUCAAGUAGCGUUUUGAGGCACUUGUGCUAUUUCCAUAUUAUGUUACUGCUCUGUCUCACUACAUUACUCCAACCCUAGGCAAUCACACUUUGUAAUUUUAGUAAUUGUUAAAUUGUUCUUGCAAGUCCAGACAAUCACAUAUUCCACACAUAUUAAAACCUAUCCAUAUUUUUAUCAAAAAGGCUCAUUUUGCCGUUUUUUUUUUAAAGAGUUUUGUGGGAUUGAGUUUUGCAUCUUUGAUAGCUUAGACCUUAGAGGGUAAAUAUUUAUAUUGUGAUACAAAAAUCCCAGUUUUUAAUAAAAACACAGAAACAAGCACUGGUAUGUUGCAUGUUUUUUUUUUAGGUGUUUUCUUGUAAUUCACUGUAGAAAAACUUGAAAAAGUGCAUUUGGGGUAAAUUUAAGGGUCAUAAAACAUCGAUGGCUGCCUGUGACAGGUCUCCUUCUGACUGAUGAACAGUAAAUGAAAAUGAUGAAGCAAUAUGUACGUAUGUUUGCCUUUAAAAUGCAUUCAAGCGCAGUAUUCGAUUGAAUAAACUUAUUGUGCUGUUGUAGAC